AUGCAGACACAGACAAAGGCGACGGUAUUGAUUCGAUUCAAAGAGUCCAGAAAGGAGUUGACUGAGAAAGGAGUGAUACUUGAAGAAGAUAAGGAUAAGGAUGAAACUAUAUGGACUACUGAUAAGGUUGAAGAGAUAAGACAGGUAUUGGCUGAGGUGGAGGACAAAGAAGGUGAAUUGAAGGUGCGAUUUGAUUUUACAGAGCUCUGUGAAAGGCUAAAUAUUGAUAAGACCUCGAUAUAUCGGAAGUUGGUGGAAUUAUAUCAUGACAGGAGAACUAUCAAAGAAGAGAACCAGGCCGCCGAAGAAGAUGUAGUGGUUGUGGCUGAUCCACGCCCCCUUAUCAAGCCAAAGAUGCAACAAUCUUUUCUACAAAGACUCCAGGGACUCAAACUUGGUUCCAGUUCAAGUGUUACUAAGAUACCAAUUGUUGGGGAAGAAGACACUGAUAGCAGCGAGGUGGAUGACUCAUCAACCAGCGUUAUUAAUAUAGCUUCUGCUUCAAUGUAUCUACAUCGGUCUCAGCUUUUAGGCAAAGCUGGCUCUAAACGGACCACUGAGUCCAAUGAAUCCCUUGAUCCACUGCUCGAAUAG